GCGGAGCUCUCGGUGGGGCGCCCAGGACUCUGGGAUCGCUCUGGAGACUCGAGGGAGAGCGCAGGCGGCGGCGGGGCAGGGAGAGGCGGGCCUCAGCGCAGAUUGGGUCAGGCACGCGCAAGGGCAGCCCCCGAGGGCCGUCCCAGAGGCCCCAGCGCCGCCGAGGUCCUAAUAGGCGGCACCGUCUUCCGCCGCACGUGGCUGCAGCGCGAUGCCCAAAUCCAAGCGCGACAAGAAAGUCUCCCUCACCAAAACCGCCAAGAAAGGCUUAGAACUGAAACAGAACUUGAUAGAAGAGAGCCCCAUGAAUUGUCCUGCAGCUUCGGAAAUGUGUGGACACAUACAAGUACCUCUUCGUCUUCUCCGUGGCCAACAUGAGGAACAGCAAGCUGAAGGACGUCCGCAGCGCCUGGAAGCACAGCCGGAUGUUCUUCGGCAAAAACAAAGUGAUGAUGGUGGCCCUGGGUCGAAGCCCAUCUGACGAGUACAAAGACAAUCUGCAUCAGGUCAGCAAGAAGUUGAGGGGUGAAGUUGGUCUCCUUUUCACCAAUCGCACUAAGGAGGAAGUGAACGAGUGGUUCACGAAAUACACGGAGAUGGACUACGCCCGAGCUGGGAACAAAGCCACUUUCACCGUGAGCCUGGACCCGGGGCCCCUGGAGCAGUUCCCGCACUCCAUGGAGCCACAGCUGAGGCAGCUGGGCCUGCCCACAGCCCUCAAGAAAGGUGUGGUGACCCUGCUGUCCGCCUACGAGGUGUGCAAGGAGGGCGAUGUGCUGACUCCGGAGCAGGCCCGUGUCCUGAAGCUUUUCAGGUAUGAAAUGGCCGAAUUCAAGGUGACCAUCAAGUACGUGUGGGACGCGGAGUCCGGAAGGUUCCAGCAGAUGGGAGAUGACUUGCCAGAGAGCGCGCCCGAGUCGGAAGUAGAAUCAGAGGAAGACGAUGACAGCUGACGUGCACUUGGGACAGGACCUCCGGGCCUGCUCCAGUCUUGUCUGGACUGGACGGCGUGAGACUGCCGCAGCCCUCUCGGGGGAGCUGCCGUGUAUUUUGCUGUGGAUGCACACAAGGGAGGGUGACAGGGACAGGCUAUCCUAUAAAUAAUGAAACUUUGUCAGCAGGGUGUCUCCUCCAAAAGGGACUUUUCUAGGAAAAAACCCUUGGGUUUGGGCUUUGGUUUGGACCCCCAGGAUUCUUAGUUCACCUCAAGCCAGUUUCCAGCACUGGCUCCUGUGUGACCACUGGCCGGGCGGCCCUGGGAGCACAAGAGGAACCGCCUUCUCCUUUCCUCUGGCCCUCGGCGCCCCUGGCUUGAAACUGGGAUUUGUUUGAGGAAAACAGGCACCCUGCCUGCCGCCCUCCUACCCCUACUCUCUAUUCUCUUUCCCACCUGCAACCCCCAAAACCAGGGCCGAGAAACUUGUGGAUGACCAGGAGACAGGAGGUGUUGGCUAAAGCAAAAAUAAAGCCACUGCCGAAACUGAA